AUGAUUAAAGAGCUCAACUUGUGGAAAGAUGGUCUACACUUAAAUGAUAAUGGGAAAGAGCAAGAUGGUUUUUCUAAUGAAUGUGAUUUAGAAAAUGCUAAACAUUUGCGGCUUAAGCAUCCAAAUAAUCCUUUGCUUUGCUAUUUAAACUUAAAUAGCUUAAGGAACAAGAUAGUAGAUGUUCGCGAAGUUGUAACAAAAAUAUCACCAGAUUACUUUGUUUUGGCAGAAACUAAAUUAAACCUUGAAUUUCCGUCUGCUCAAUUUGAUAUUGAAAAUUAUGAAAUACGAAACAGAAGGGACAGGGAUAAAAAUGGAGGGGGACUUAUUGAAUACGUCAAAAAAGGGCUGAUUUGUAAGCAAUUAUCGAACCUUGAGCCAAAGAAAAAUGAAGUUAUUUGUUCUGAGAUUACAGUGAGAAAUAAAAAAUGGGCCAUUUUUAGUGUAUAUAGACCACCAGAAUCUUCUAACUUAGGUAACUUUUUUAUUGAGAUAGAACGCUCACUUGAUUUGGCUUUCAAAACUUAUGAUAAUGUUGUAGUCAUGGGCGAUAUAAAUAUUGAUUGUGAUGACUCAAGUUCGACACGUUUUGACAGUUUUACAACUUUUUGCGAAACCUACAAUUUAAAAAAUUUAAUAAAACAAAAAACAUGUUUCACAAAUACUCGUGCAUCACGAAUAGAUGUGUUUUUAACAAAUAAACAUGCAUGUUUCCAUAAUUCUAAAUCUUUUGAAACUGGACUUAGUGACCACCACCAUAUGAUUUCUACUUUUAUGAAGACUUUUUUAGUACGUUUAAAAUCGAAGGAGAUAUCGUGUAGGUGUUUUAAAAAAUUUGAUGAGCAAGUUUUUCUUGAAGAAGUGAGGAGCACAGAUUUUUGUUGUGAUAACAUAGAUCCAAAUGAAAAUUAUGAGAACCUUGUACUGAAAUUUCGAAAUAUAAUUGAUAAACAUGCACCUAUAAAAAUUAAAUUAGUUCGGGGUAACGAAGCCCCGUUUAUGAAUAAAAAAUUACGAAAAGCAAUUUACACAAGAUCUCGUCUUAAAAACAAUUUUAACAAAAAUCGAACAGAUGAAAAUAGGGCAAAAUAUAAAAAACAAAGAAAUAAGUGUGUUAGUAUGAGACGACAGGCGAUUAAAGAGCAUUUUAAUAGUGUUAUGGAGGGUAGCAUUAUUCAAAAUAAGAAAUUUUGGAGCACUGUUAAACCUUUCCUUACUAACAAAUUAGGUAAGAGCUCUAAUGAAAUUAUGAUUGUUCACGAUGAUAUUAUAGUAACGGAUGAAAAUGAAUCAGCGGAAAUUUUCAAUGAAGAGUACAUACAUAUAGUUGAAAAAUAUAGUGGAGAAGUCUCGGAAAAUGAAGUCUCUAAACUUUUCGGGGAUCUAAAAGUAGGUGUGGCAUCUGGAGAGGACAAGAUAACGGCUAAAAUGGUGAAGAUAGCAAAACCGUAUUUGAUAAAACCCUUAACAAAUGCCAUUAACAACAGUAUUUGUCUUUCUGUUUUUCCGAGGAGAGCCAAACGCGCUACUGUAUCCCCUAUUGAUAAAGAAUUUUUAUCAGCCUAUAGGGAAUCAUAUGGCACACAACAUGUACUUAUAAGAUUAUUGGAAGAAUGGAAACAAAAAUUAGAUAAACAUUACGUAGUUGGUGCAGUUUUAAUGGAUCUAUCUAAAGCUUUUGAUUGCGUGCCUCAUGAUUUACUUAUUGCUAAAUUAAAUGCCUAUGGCUUUAGCCAGGAUGCCUACUUCUAA